CCAGAUCCUCUCGCAGGCUCCGCGCUGAGGAGUGAAGUUCCGUUGCUUCUCGGGCGAGUGCUCCUCGUACAUACAUACACGUGAGAUGCGGCGAGGAAUCUGGCAUUAAAGCGAGAAAUCGAGGUGGACAGACGGCACAGUGGACAGGUGACGGUAGCAAGCAGUCCUCCUCUUCGUCCCCUGCGCGUGGAAAUUCACCAGCAUUCACUCUCCUCUUCUCUGAUAUUCUCUGGUGAAUGUUCCGCGAUGAUGGAAGUCCGGCGCAGGCGAGCGAAGCUGCAGGACAGUAAACACGAGACGAAUUUGGAGCACGAUGCUGACACGGUGAACCACCAAUCGAGGGUAAUUCGCAGAGACGAGGGAGAUGGGCAGGCCUCUGACACCUCGAAGGAGAAUAUCAAAGCAGAUCCAUUGGACUUCAUAGAGUCGAAACAGCUUCUGUCAAACAAUGCGGUUCGCGCUCGAAUCAGGAUCAGCUUGGAGAUCGACCUGAUAGCAUCGAUCUUAUUAAUUACAGGCAUUUGCACUCGCCUGUAUCGCCUCGAGGAACCGCGCAACAUAGUUUUCGAUGAGCUGCACUACGGCAAGUACAUUGGAUUGUACAUGAAAAGGACGUUCUUCUUCGACUCGCAUCCGCCGCUGGGGAAGCAACUGGUCUCCGCGGCGGCGUAUCUAGCCGGGUUCGACGGGCAGUUCAAGUUCGACCGGAUCGGCAGUCCUUACGACGACGUGGUCCCCUUGUACGCGUUGCGCCUGAUACCGGCGAUAUGCGGCAGUCUGUUGAUACCCACGAGCUACUACCUGGUUCUCGAGCUGGGCUUGAGACAAUGGGCUGCAGCGAUAGGCGGAAUUCUGCUGUUACUUGAUAACGCAUUGCUGACACAAUCGAGGUUCAUUCUGAUGGAGAGCAUCUUGAUGCAGUUCUCAUUGCUCGGCCUGUUGUGCAUUGUAAAGUUUCGAAAAGUCAUGGAUCAACCAACAUCCGCGUCCUGGUGGAUGUGGCUGACACUGGGCAUGGUGAACUUGACGUGCGCGCUAUGCGUGAAAUACGUUGGAUUUUACUCCAUGUCCCUCGCGCUCUUCCUAAUCGCUCGCGAUUACUGGUCCCUUCUACCGAGGAAGACGCUAUCGACUCCGAUUCUAUGGAUGCAUCUUCUAGCGAGACUCGCCGUGUUAAUCACCGUUAUCGCCGUCGUGUACCUCGGCAUAUUCUACGUCCACCUGGCGAUACUAUCGAAGGCUGGACCGCACGACUCGGUGAUGACGAGCGCGUUUCAAGCAAGUUUAGAGGGUGGACUCGCCAGCAUCACGAAGGGCCAGCCUCUGGAAGUGACGCACGGUUCGCAGAUCACUCUCAGACACACGUACGGCAGAGCCUGCUGGCUGCACAGUCACAAUCACGUGUAUCCGUUGCGGUAUCCCGACGGCCGCGGCAGCUCCCAUCAGCAGCAGGUCACGUGCUACUCGUUCAAAGACGUGAACAAUUGGUGGAUCGUCAAGAAGCCGGACAAGAGUGACUUGAUGGUGACAAAACCCAGCGAACCGAUCCGGCACGGCGACGUGAUCCAGCUCGUGCACGGGAUCACGAGCAGGGCGUUGAACUCGCACGACGUCGCGGCGCCGAUGACGCCGCAGAGCCAGGAGGUGUCGUGCUACGUCGACUACAACGUGUCUAUGCCGGCGCAGAAUUUAUGGCGCGUCGAGAUCACGAACAGGGACCAUUCGGGUGACGCGUGGCACGCGAUCCAGAGCCAAGUGCGACUGAUACACGUACACGCGAGCGGCGCGGAGUUCGCGCUGAAGUUCAGCGGCAGGCAGUUGCCCGACUGGGGCUUCAAUCAGCACGAGGUCGUGGCGGAUCGACUGGUAGAUCAGACCAAUUCCAUUUGGAACGUGGAGGAGCAUCGGUACACCAAGAGCGAGGAUCAGAAGCAGCGCGAGCGGGAGCUGAUCAGCGCGGAGAUGAUACCGCUGCAGGCGACUGCCCUGAGCUUCUGGGAGAAGUUCGCGGAGCUGCAGGUGAAAAUGUUGUUUGGCGGCCAGGAGAGCCAAAACAGCCACAUGUACUCGAGCGGCCCUCUCGAAUGGCCGCUAAUGUCCAGAGGAAUUGCAUACUGGGUGUCCAACGACAGCAACGCGCAAGUGCAUCUCUUGGGAAACGUUGUGAUUUGGUACUCCGGCACGGUCUCGGUGAUGGCGUACUCGGCGCUGCUGCUAUUUUACUUGAUGAGGAGGAGAAGAAACUGCUUCGAUAUCACCGAGCCGGAGUGGCAGAAAUUCAUUAAUAACGCUUACGUGCUCUUAGCUGGGUACUUCCUCCACUUCUUGCCAUUCCUGUUCGUCGAGCGAACUCUCUUCCUGCAUCAUUAUUUACCGGCUUUUAUCUUCAAGGUCCUAUUAACCGCCGCCACGAUCGAUCAUUUGUAUUACUUGAUUGGCACUCGCCGUGCAUGGAAGGCUUUAUUGUACAUCCUGACGUGCGGCACCAUCGUCUGGGUGUUGCUCGUCAUUUACGUGUUCAAGAAGUUCGCGGUACUCAGUUACGGAACGUCAGCUCUCAGUGCGAAGGACAUAAUAAAAUUGAGAUGGAGAGACACCUGGGAUUUCAUUGUACAUAAAACGUAAGAGCUUGCUACUUCAAGAUCAUUAAAUUUGUUACUCUAAGAGGUGUAUCCUCGAUGGAGUGUUAUCGGCAUACAUAAUUUUUACGAGGCAAACGUUAUGGAUAAAUUACUAUUAUAUUUUUAUAAAAAGAUUUAGCGAAUGUUAUAGCUCAUAUAAUGCAUUUAUACAUUAUACGUAUGCGCGAGAUAUUUUUUAUUAAAUUGGGAUAUCAAGUGCCACGACUAUAAGACAGAUAAGGUAACGGUAAGCUGUUCGAUAUUGUAAAAAGUUAAGCACAAAUUUGUAUAGACUGACCAUAUUUUGUAAAAUGUUUUGCAUUUAUUUAACGGCGAGCAACAAUUUGUCGUUGUAAAAGUCGUUAUAAAUAACUAUUUAAAUAUAUACGCGUAUGUUUUAUACUUAAUAAGUUAAUGUACAUCUUUACUCGAGAUUUAUUUAAUAUAUGACUAAUCUGCUGAAAAUAUACGUAAUAAAAUAUAUUAUAUA